AUGGAGAACCAAACGGCCCUGAUGGAAUUCAUUCUUCUGGGAUUCUCCAAUCUUCUGGGGCUGCAGGUCUUGUUCUUUGUCAUUUUCCUGACCAUUUAUUUCUGCACACUCGUGUGGAAUGUCUUCAUCCUCUGGGUGACCUUAUUGGACACCAGACUUCACUCACCCAUGUAUUUUUUCCUGCGGAACCUGGCCCUUCUGGACCUCUGCUACACCACCACCAUAGUCCCCCAGAUGCUGGCCCAUCUCCUGGCCGAGAGGAAGAACAUCUCUUUUGCCCGCUGUACCACCCAGCUGUUUGCUUUCAUCUUCUUUGUGGGUGUGGAAUGCCUCCUGUUGGCAGGGAUGGCAUUUGACCGCUAUCUGGCGAUCUGCCAGCCCCUGCGGUAUUCCGUCGUGAUGGAAAGGGGUCUCUCCAUCCAGUUGGCAGCUGCGUCCUGGGCCGGGGGGCUGGUGAACUCGAUGGCGCACACGGCCCUGACCUUCCGCUUGCCCUUCUGCGGCAAUGACCUGAUCGACUAUUUCUUCUGCGACAUCCUCCCUCUGCUCCACCUCUCCUGCGGGGACACCUCUGUCAACGAACUUGUGCUUCUGUCCGUUGGGGUCCUCAUUGGCUGGAUCCCUUUCAUGGGGAUCAUCUUCUCCUACCUGUACAUCCUCGUCACCAUCUUGACGAUCCGCUCCUCUGAGGGGAGGCGCAAGGCCUUCUCCACCUGCGCUUCCCAUUUGACCAUUGUCUUGCUCUACUGUGGGAGUGCCAUCUUCACCUAUGUCCGCCCUAUCUCUGCCGACUCCCUGGACCAUGCCAGGCUGAUCUCUGUGGUCUACAGCAUGGUCACCCCCAUGCUCAACCCCAUCAUCUACACCCUGAGGAACAAGGACAUCAAAAUGGCUCUGAGAGCCUUGGGAGAGAGAUGGAUUCUGCCCCAAGCUGCCUCUCCUGCCAUGUGA